AUGACAACACUUCCUCUUCUUAGAGGGAACAAAGUUUCCCUGGAUGAUGCCCUUGCAGAUGACGACAAUAUAUUACAUCGGUUAGAUUAUCCACAGAAGCAGGAAGAGUUCUGGUCACAUCUUAUCUCCCUCAAGGCCGACAUCGAAGCUUCGGUAGCUUUUCAUCUUCGCGCAAGGCAUUGUCAGGUCGCUGAUGAAGCCGAUUGGAUGUUUGGCAGCUACAAUGUAUGCAUUCCAAUCUGUAUUAACCCGCCUUCUGAGAAUCACGUCCUCGUUCGAAUUCCGCUGCCAUACAAGGUCGGCGAAGAGAAUAAACCUGGAAACGUCGAUGAGAAGCUGCGGUGCGAAGCAGCUACUUAUAUCUGGAUGCGGGAGAAUUGUCCGAGUGUGCCUAUCCCAUCACUCCAUGGAUUUGCAUUUCCCGAUGGGAAAACGUUCGUUGAACCGUCCUGUGUAUCGUUAUUCUCCCGAUUUUGUUGGCAAAUAGGUCGCGUAGUACGGUCAUGGCUGGGUUUUCCAACGUCGUGUCCAUAUGUUGGCCUACAGCGUCGGGGCGCAUUGAGCACGGGGUACAUGAUUAUCGGCUAUAUCAAGAGUGGUCGGAUGCUCUCUGAUACCUGGGCAGUUCACCUUCAAGACAUGGCACGGAGAAAGACCCUGUUCAAAGACCUUGCAAGCAUUAUCCUGUCAUUGAAUCGUACCCAACUGCCUCGCAUCGGAUCCCUCACUAUAAACAACGAUGGCAUAAUAAGUCUCACAAAUCGUCCCUUGACACUACGUCUGCAAACCUUCGAGAACGAGGGCAUUCCAGCGAUCCCAGAUGGUUCAACUUACGAAUCUGUCGAGCCGUAUCUCCUAGAUCUCUUACAGUGUCACGACAAUCGGAUCUACCACCAGCCAAAUGCCAUCCAUGACGUCAAGGAUGGCCAAGAACAACUGGCCGCUUUGACCAUGAUGCGGGGCCUUCUACACCAGUUCAUAUCUCGUCAGUACCGUCAUGGGCCAUUUGUAAUGACCCUAACCGACCUCCACCCGAGCAACAUCUUCGUCGAUGAUGGAUGGCAUAUUACAUCUCUCAUUGACUUGGAAUGGGCGUGUGCCUUCCCAGUCGAGCUCCAGACACCUCCCUACUGGCUGACUGGUCGUCCUAUUGAUGACAUUGAACAUGGAGAGCCUUUAGAGACCUUUGAAAAGGUUGUCAUGGAAUUCAUAGAAACACUUAACGAACAGGAGAAGAGAUCUCAAGGCUCGAACGUUUCUCAUGCGCAGAUUAUGAGAAAGUGCUGGGAUAGAGGGAGCUUUUGGUAUUUCCAAGCCCUGCAUAGCCCGAAAGGGCUCCUUCGAGUCUUCAACGAACACAUUCAGAGCAGGUUCUGCGAAGAGCACUGUACACAGAGCAUAUUUGAUCGGACAGUCAGUCCGUACUGGUGUAUAGACGCCGAGCGCUUGAUCCAGAAGAAGGUAGAAGAGGAAGAAGGCUAUAAGGAUGGACUGAGAAAACGGUUCGGCAGCUACUCUGGCAGUUCCGUAGCUUCAUGA